ACUGGUGACAAUUUUAACGAAGAAUAUCUAAAAAUAUUAUUGAUGGAAUACGAGAAUGGACGAAAAAUGAAACUAACGGAUAAAGAGUGGGAUCUUUUAUUACCUUAUUGUUAUCUGAUAACAUUUAAUCAAAUAUUAUUUACAAUACCCACAGACGAUAAAGAUAAUAUAGAAGCAACGACCAAAAUAACAGAUAUGUUAAUCACGCUUUUAUUACCAAUAGAACAAUUAUCAUUGCUGAGUCAAACAGACUUUAUUACAAAAAUUAAAAAUUCCAUUUCUAAUGAAUAUAAAAAAUAA